AUGUCCCAAGCGCUCGCGCGCCGCGGCUACCCCUUCCUUCUCGUACGUGUACAGGCUGUUCGCAGUCUCUGCUCGCACGCCGCCGGCGGGGGCGCGCCCUAUGGCGGCGGCGGCGAGCGGUGGAGGGGGCAUCCGCAGCAGCAGGAGGAGAGCAAGGCGGUGAAGGUGUCGGUGUGGUGGGACUUCCAGAUGUGCCAGCUUCCGCCCGGCGCUAACCCCUGCCGCGUGGCCCCGCGCAUCACGGCCGCGCUGCGCGCCGCCGGCAUCCGAGGGCCCGUCGAGAUCACCGCCUUCGGCGAUGUCUUCACGCUCCGCCGCAGCGUCCAGGAGGUCCUCGCGGCUACCGGCGUCGCGUUCUCGCACGUCCCCCCCAGUGGAAAGCCUGGUUCUGACAGAUCACUCAUGGCUGAUCUUGUCUAUUGGAUUGCUCAGAACCCUCCACCAGCCCAUUUCUUCCUUAUAUCUGGAGAUAAGCACUUCGCAAAUAUUCUGCAUCGCCUUCGGAUGAGCAACUAUAAUGUGCUGCUAGCCUGCCCUAAUACUGAGCCCAGUGUUAUGUGCAGUGCAGCAACAAUUAUGUGGCCGUGGGAUGCUUUAAUUGAAGGGGUUGGGUUUUCCCGGAAACAUUUUAACCACCCACCUGAUGGUUUGUCUGGCUCUUGGUAUGGUCACUACAGGGGAGCUCUUGAUGACCCCUUCCUGAAUGCAGAACCAGAGCAAUCCAUGAAUGUACCAUUGCAUACAAAGAAGCCGGAGAAGCCACCUAUAGUCCCCAAAUCUGAGGUCAGCGGGCCUGAUUAUUUCAAGGUUAUAGAUUCUGUACCAGGUGAUAGUCAACCUGCUGUAGUUGGUGAAAAAAGUUUUACAAGGCUGAAUUCUGGACAAAGUAAUGGUGAGGGAAAACGCUUCAUUGAGACUAAGAAUGAGAAGCCAUCUAAUGUUCCGCCUUCUACAUCAGAUAUAUUAUCUGCAGAACUAAAGAAGAUUCCUGUGGGUGAUGACCCCUUCCUGCAAGCAGAAUCAAAGCACUCCAUGAAUGUACCAUUGCAGACCAAGGAGCCAGAGAAGCCACCUACAGUCCCUGGAUAUGUGGCCAACAUGAUUAGGAUAGUACUGAACUAUUAUCCUGAAGGGGUCAAUCUUGAAGAUCUUCUAUCAGAACUUAAAAGGAAGGGGGUUGUGGAUAAUCGAUUAUUAGGCUUCAAAAACUUCUCUGAUCUGCUCCAAUCUAUUCCUUGUUAUGUCAAAUUUAUAGAUCCUCUACCGGGUGAUAGUCGACCUGCUGUAGUUAAUGGGAAGAACUUCAAAAGAAUGAGUUCUGCUCAAAGUAAUGAUAAUGGAAAGCGCUUCAUUGAGAUGAAGAAUGGCAAGUCACCAUUAUCUAAUGCCCCAAGUUCUCCAUCAGAUAUAUUACCUCCAAAACAACAGAAAAGUCUGGUAAUUGAUGCUCCAUCUUCCCCGUUUGAUCCGUUUUCUAGUAGAGAUCAAAGGAAAUCUCCACCCAUAGAUUUUAUUAAGCCCGCAGAAUCACCUGCCUGCCAUAUGGAAGCUGAUACGGUGAUCGCUGCUGGAACUCCCUCUUCAGGGCUGCAAGGUACUAUUAGUAAAAAGGGGCUAUUUGAAAGGAUUCAGAUUCUAUGGAAUGGUCCUAAGCCCACUAAGCCCCAGGUCUAUCCGUGUAAUGAUGCUACUUUUUCUAAAGGGUUCAAUGAUGCAACAACUCCUGAUGGGAAAGGUCUUGCUAACAAUUCCGCAGUUAGCACUAGUUUGUCAAAUGACCCUUCUAAUAACUGUUCUGAAUUAGAUGCCAAGGGGAAUUUUGUGAAUACAAAGAAUUACUCUAACAAAACAGUCGACAUCAGCGAAGCUGGAAAGAUACAAGGUUUUGGAGAAAGCAACAAAGGAAUAUUUAGCUGGGCAGCAAGCUGGUGGUCAUCUGGAAAAUCUGAUAAACAAGAUAGUAGAAAUCAUACAGAUGCCACUGAUGGAACAAGGAUAGACUCGGAGAAAGGAUCUGCAUCUGUUAAGAUAGCUGACUGUGCAAGGGGGGCGCAAGUAGGAGUUGAAAUGUUUGAAAAAUCUUACUUCUGGGAUGCACUAGAAGAAUAUUUGUUAACCCCUCAUGGAUCAGAACUUGUUUCAGAAGCAAAGGCAAGGGAGGAGUUGGCACAUGGACUACAGAACGGUUGUUGGCUUCUCAAAGGCCUUGAUGAGAAAAAUAUACAUCAGUUAGUACAUCUGUUAAUCUCUGAAAAGAAAUGGAUCAAAGAAUGUAGUUCAGAAACUUUUCAUUUCCAACUUACACUACCUCCGAGAGGAAAAUGUGCUCCAUUUCAUUCCGGCACAAUGGAAGGGACAAGUCCUCCUAUUACAAAUGGAAGACCAUUGGAGCAGUGUAACUCUGUACGUGACAGAAGCACAGCCAUAUCAGGCAAGUUGUCCCAGUUGUUAGCUGCAAGAAACGGGAAGGGCCAGGCAAGCUACAAGGACAAUGAAAACCAAGGUAAUAACUUUGACUGGGAAGAACUUGGCCCUAUAUCCAGCGUUGUUGAACCUCAUCCAGGAAUUGAUAAAGUGGUGCGCUAUCAACCUCCUACACCUUCAGUCGAUGAAUUUUCAGAUGAUGAAAAUCACUUGUCAGGUCAAAAAGCUGGAAAAUAUCCGGAUGCCAAAUUUUACGCGGAAGAAAAUCAUACAGCAAGCCAACAAGCAGGACAGGAUUCGGAUGCCGAAUUUUCCGAUGAUGAAAACCAUUUGGCAAAGGAACAAGUGGGGAAAUAUUCGGAUGCUGAUUCUUCUGAGGAUGAAAAUCAUACGGAAAGCCAACAAGCAGGAAAAGAUCCAUCCCGGAGUUCACUCUUCGAAAUUCUUGCUUCGUGGAACACCAGCAAGGACGAUGGCUCUAGGAGGAGAGAUCGUGACAUUGACAGGCUCGGUAGGAAACCACCAAGAAAUACCACCGUGGAUUGCUCUCGAAAUGACAGAGGUUAUCGUCAGUGUUGGCGCCCUACGUCCAAGCAUGUCAACUCUGAAGUGGUGCUUUGAAAGUAUAAAAUGCUGCCGAAGUUGAUCUUUGUGAUUCCAUGUUCUCUCAUUUAUUUUUCAUUUUUAACACGUUUCUGG